AUGUCUCUAAAGUACCAAAAGUUCUUGUUAUUUGGUGAUUCAAUCACCGAAUUCGCAUUCGCUUCUAGUAGGCUGCCUAAUUUUGACGAGUUUUCUCUUGGGGCAGCCCUUGUUAACACCUAUACUAGAAGGAUGGAUAUCAUACAACGAGGCUUCUCAGGUUACAAUUCCAGGUGGGCCUUGAAAAUAAUUCCUCAAAUUCUCGAGCAAGCUGGACCUGACAUUGUGAUGGCGACAUUGUUUUUUGGAACCAACGAUGCGGCCUUAGGUGGUUCUCAACGAGUGGAUUUACCUGAGUUCAAACUUAACAUGAAAAAAAUGGUCAAGAUCUUGAAGGACAGGGGCAUUAGGCCUAUUCUCGUUGGUCCUGCAUUACAUGACAAAAAUAAUUGGGAACCGAGAAAGCCAGAAGAAGUUGCUGCUGGCUUCGUUAGAUCGAAUGAGAACAACAAAUUGUACUCUGAUGCUGGAGAGAAACUAGCGAAAGAGGAAAGAAUCCCUUUCGUCAAUCUUUACCAAGCAUUUUCUUCAGAAAGAAACGAUAGCUGGCAGUCUCUCCUUAGUGAUGGUAUUCAUUUUACUGGUAAAGGCUAUGAAGUUUUUUUCAAUGAGCUCAUGAAAGUCAUCGAGGAAUCGUAUCCAGAAUAUUCCCCGCAAAACAUGGAGUACAAGUUACCUGAAUGGAGAGAAGUUGACGAAAAAGGCUCUGUUCUUGAUGAUUAUCUCAAUCACUGA